AUGCUUCGACCGGCUAAAUUCGACUAUAUUCUCAGUUCACAGUAUUUGAUCGAUCGACCUACACAAGAAAUGCACGCAUGGAAUCCUGACGAUCGAUCGCUAAAUAUUUUCGUCAAAGAUGAUGACUGCUUCACAUUUCAUCGACAUCCUGUAGCCCAAAGCACAGAUUGUAUACGAGGAAAGAUGGGUUACUCGACCGGAUUUCACGUGUGGCAAUUGGAAUGGCCUCCAACCGCCAAACGAGGACCGCACAAUGCAUUAAAGGUAGUAGGAGUGGCAACAAAAGCAGCCGCACUUCAUGCAAUGGGUUAUACAUCGUUGAUAGGAACGAAUACGGAAAGCUAUGGUUGGGAUCUGACUCGAGGUGAAUGCCACCAUGAUUCCAAGAACUGCAGUCCAUGGCAGUAUCCAACUGGUGUUCCAAUGCGACCCGACUAUACUCCAAUUCCUGAUAAGUUCUACUGUAUUUUGGACAUGGAUGACGGUUAUAUGGCAUUCGCUACCGACCAGCACUAUCUGGGUGUUGCAUUCCGUAAUCUUCAAGGGAAGACAUUGUAUCCAAUCGUGUCGGCUGUAUGGGGACAUUGCGAGAUUACCAUGAAAUAUCUCGGAGGCAUAGAACCUCGAGGUGAAUGCCACCAUGAUUCCAAGAACUGCAGUCCAUGGCAGUAUCCAACUGGUGUUCCAAUGCGACCCGACUAUACUCCAAUUCCUGAUAAGUUCUACUGUAUUUUGGACAUGGAUGACGGUUAUAUGGCAUUCGCUACCGACCAGCACUAUCUGGGUGUUGCAUUCCGUAAUCUUCAAGGGAAGACAUUGUAUCCAAUCGUGUCGGCUGUAUGGGGACAUUGCGAGAUUACCAUGAAAUAUCUCGGAGGCAUAGAACGUGAGCGACCACAAUUUGAGCCUUUGCCUUUUUCACCGAUUCUUCGCGCCAAUCCUUCUUGGGAGAUGUUCUCACCAGAUACGGAGAACGUGCCUGAGAAAGCUCUGAUUGGCGAAAAGUCUCAAAAUCUAGGAAUACCGUUUGAUCCUCGAGCACCGCCCAGUGUACUUUUGCCUCCACCCACGCCUGCUCCCCGACCUCUGAUGGAUAUUUGUCGACGGGCGAUUCGUGUCGAAAUGGGACGUCAUCGACUUCAUCGAGUCGACGAGUUGCGACUACCACCACCGUUGAAGCGAUUCAUACUGUAUCGAAAAUAG